ACUUCCAAACAAGUAGCGCUUUUUAUUAUUGCGUCGCUACUUAACUAUGUAAAUAAGUUCAACUUCGUUUCCUAAUUUAUCAUGGAUUCUCAAUGGGAAGGUUCUAUUCCUGAUCAUCCUUAUCUUCCCAGUAUUUCCAAACCUGUUUAUAUAUUGGGAUGUAAAUAUGAUUCUAUAGAUGAUAGGGAGGAAAUUGCUAAUCACUUGAAGUCUCGAUUAUGGAUGACAUACCGAAAGGGUUUUUCACCAAUCGGUAAUCGGAAUGGUCCUAAAUCCGAUGCUGGAUGGGGCUGUAUGCAUCGCUGUGGACAAAUGAUUCUUGCUGAAGCCAUGUUAAGAGUUCAUCUUGGACGAUCCUUAACAGGUGUAUCAGUCGGUAAACCGAUUGGAAGUUGGUUUGGUCCGAAUACUGUUGCACAAGUACUCAAAAAACUAUCUGUUUAUGACCGUUGGACAAAUUUAUUCAUUCAUAUUUCUGUAGAAGAUGGAAUUAUUAUUGAUGAAAUUAAAUCUUUAUGCUGUCAACCUCGACCUUAUUUUAAUUUCACUAAUAAUUCUGAUGAAAAUGACAAAUUAACAGAAGAACAUCAUGCUACUGUGGAGAGUGUAAAUGAUGCUGCAGAAGAAUCGGACUCAUCAACAUCAUCUUAUAGUUGUCCAUUCUCUCAAGCUGUGAUUGAUUCAACUCAAAAACUGUGAUUGAAAUGAAGCUCUUCA